GUCGGAUGUUCGAUGGAUAGUGAUUUUGUAGAACUGUCAAAAGUAUAUUGCGUAUACAAGUCUCUGUAUCAGAAUUUAAACUUCUUAACGGGUUUAAAAUUUUUUUCCAAAUCUUAGUCGAUUUUCUGUUUCAAAACUUCAGUAAGACAAUUGCAAUGUAGAUAUGAAUAACCGAGCGAAAAUGAGCGGUACCGGUCAAUUACCUAAUGUUAAAAAAAUGUUCAAAGAAGUGCUUGAAGAUGAGGACGAUUUUACAUCUCCCGCAGGAUCCAAUUUAGCCAUGAUUUUUAAUACCCCACAAAACACUCAAGAAAGUGCACGUAGUUCACCAUCGCGGCUUGGGUCUAUGAAACAGUCCAUCAGUGAUCGGAAUCAAUCACAAUCUUCCUUGUUGACAGCUAAAAAAGAAGUCAUACUUGCAAAGGCUGUGCAUGCAUUUAAAUUACAAAAUGGACAAUAUGUAUUGAUUGGAAAAGUUGGCAUAGCGCUGACAGGAAACGUUUCAGCUAAACAGUAUGAUGUUAUUUUAUACAAAGGUACCCAGAACUACUUAUCUGUGGCUACAAUCACACCUGACUUCAUCUACACAGUACAAGUCAACAAUUAUGCAUCAUAUUAUGAUACCAACAAAGAUAAUUGGUCAAUUUUAUUUGAGAAUAAUGAAUCAAGUAUUCAAUUUGCAAGGGAGAUUUGUCUCUCUAGGUAUUUUUCCAGACCUGUUAGAAUAGAUAAUAAUGUUAUACAUCAAGAUCUUAACGCAACUAUGAAGGACAUCGCCACUGCCAAAGAAGGCGAUGGUAUUUCAAUAAAAUAUACCACAAACGUAGAUAUAGUUCAGCCAUUGAAAAUGGACAUGAAUUUUAAACAAACAGUAACUUUGGAAAUUUCUAAGGAUGACAAUUGGGAAAGAUUACUUAUUGGGACAAGUACGGGACUGAGGAGAAUGAUGAUUUUGCCAUCAAGUAAACAGAUUGGUUUAGGACCUAGUUUUCCGAAAGAUAAGGAAAUAAUUAUGGAGAUAGAAGUUGUGUCAAUACUCGCAAAAGCAGAACCGCCAUUAUCGACUACAAAGACCCCUGAAGUCUGUCAAAAAGCAACAAUAAUAUCACGCAUGGCUAAGAUGGGACAGUCUAUACUUCCUAAAUUACCAACAUCUACUACUACCGAUUCUGAAGAUACAGAGGAAGAAGUAUUUCAUAAGACAACCAGACACAAAAAAGUUGAAUCAGCAGAGUCAACGUUACCAAUAAAACACUCUUAUUCUAACCCACCAUUAGAUGCUUUAUCGCAAAAAAAAAUUUUGAACCGAGGAGAACUAAUGUCUUCAACUCUGUCAAUAGCGACACAAAGGCCAGUCAUGUCUGUGCCUACUUUUGCAGCUCAAUGGGCUCCUAGUCAAAUUCAGCAGCAAUAUGUGUCUAUUGAUGGUCAACUAUUACCAAUGCAGCAACAAACUUUUGCUCAACCAAUACCUCCAUCAAUGGAUCCUAGUCUGAACGUUUUUUUAUCAGAAACCAGGACACAGAACACUGAACUAAGAAUGGGAUUAGCUAAGAUUGGUGAUAACAUUCAGAAACUUCUUGACAAGUUCCAUGUUCUCGAACUCCAACAAGCAUCGACUCCAGCAACCGAUAAGUCACUGGACGCAACUUUGAAAAUGUUGAUAGACAUAAAUAAAAGCAAAGAGAACGUUGAAUCUAAGGAACGUGAUGUACAGUCUACAUUACAAGCAGAGGGAACUCAAAGGAACGAAAAUUUAAUUACAACAACCGAACAACUGAAAUCAAAACUAAACACUUUAGAAAACGAACUAGAACAGGCAACUGAGUUGUUGAACGAAAAAUCAUCACGCAUCACCGAAUUGAAUUGUGACAAUGAUGUUUUGAAGCAAACUAACUUAACAUUGAAAAAUCGUAUUGAAGAGUUAGAAAAGGAAUUAAUGUCAUCUCAGAGUAAAGUUGCAGUAUUAUCCAGCAAAUGUGAACGAUAUAAAGAUGCAGAAAGUAAAUACCUAGCAAAGAAUUCACAGUUGGAGAAUUCCGUAGCACAAUUAACAUCGAAAUACGAAGGGAUGGAGAACAUGUGGAAAUCUGAGACGAAUGAUUGGGUCGAUAAAUCCAAAGAACUCAAAGAGAUAAUGACUGAAAUGCUGGAAGAAUUGUACGAAUGCUUUACAGAGGAUCAAUAUACGACUGAUUAUGUCAAGUCAGUGAUUUACAAGAAAAUGAGGAGCAUUACAUUAAGGAUAGUCCGCGAGGAGGAAGAAAAAAAAAGAGAGAAGACAAAAAGCAAAAAAGACACUGAUGCGUCAAUAUCGAAAUCUGACAUCAGUGGGACUUCCAAAGAGAAUGAGCCAGACAUAGAAUUUGCAAGAAAUGACAAUAAUUAUAAGGAUUUAGAAGAAUUGUCUUUACCAGCAAUAUCAAGUGACAGUGUAAAUUUAUCAGCAACUCAUGUCAAUACUGUUUCAGAAUCUGGGAAGAAACCACCACCUGUACCAAAGUUUGACGUGGAAGCAAUAAACCAGUGAAAAACGUACACCGUGAACAUCAUCAAUACGUUCUGUC